AGACGCCCGGCUCGCCCGCAUCCCAGUGCCGCAGGACGCGGAUCGCGUGCACCGGGCCCGGCUCCCUGCCUCCGACCGGUCGGUCCCACCAGCUGCUUUCUGGUCCCCAGCCACCCCGUCGCCGGUCCUCCGCCUGCACCUCGGCGGAGCGCUCCCUUCCUCCGGAGCACACGCUACCCACCCUGCAGCCAGAGAAGUACCCCAGCCCCGCGCCGGCCAUCGCCAUGGCGGAGACCAACAACGAAUGCAGCAUCAAGGUGCUUUGCCGAUUUCGGCCCUUGAACCAGGCCGAGAUUCUGCGGGGGGACAAGUUCAUCCCCAUUUUCCAAGGGGACGACAGCGUCAUUAUUGGGGGGAAGCCUUAUGUCUUUGACCGUGUGUUCCCCCCCAACACGACUCAGGAGCAAGUUUACCAUGCUUGUGCCAUGCAGAUCGUCAAAGAUGUCCUUGCUGGCUACAAUGGCACUAUCUUUGCAUAUGGACAGACAUCCUCAGGGAAAACACAUACCAUGGAGGGAAAGCUGCAUGACCCCCAGUUGAUGGGAAUCAUCCCUCGGAUUGCUCGAGACAUCUUCAACCACAUCUACUCCAUGGAUGAGAACCUUGAAUUCCACAUCAAGGUUUCUUACUUUGAGAUUUACCUGGACAAAAUUCGUGACCUUCUGGAUGUGACCAAGACGAACCUGUCUGUGCAUGAGGACAAGAACCGGGUACCCUUUGUCAAGGGCUGUACUGAGCGCUUCGUGUCCAGCCCAGAGGAGAUUCUGGAUGUGAUUGAUGAAGGGAAAUCAAAUCGUCAUGUGGCUGUCACCAACAUGAAUGAACACAGCUCUCGGAGCCACAGCAUCUUCCUCAUCAACAUCAAGCAGGAGAACAUUGAGACCGAGCAGAAGCUCAGCGGGAAGCUCUAUCUUGUGGACCUGGCAGGGAGUGAAAAGGUGAGCAAGACUGGCGCCGAGGGAGCUGUGCUGGACGAGGCCAAGAAUAUCAACAAGUCACUGUCAGCCCUGGGCAAUGUGAUCUCUGCGUUGGCUGAGGGCACUAAAAGCUAUGUACCAUAUCGUGACAGCAAAAUGACAAGGAUUCUCCAGGAUUCCCUGGGAGGAAACUGCAGGACAACCAUGUUCAUCUGCUGCUCGCCAUCCAGCUACAAUGAUGCUGAGACCAAGUCCACUCUGAUGUUUGGGCAGCGGGCAAAGACCAUUAAGAAUACUGCCUCAGUGAAUCUGGAACUGACUGCUGAGCAGUGGAAGAAGAAGUAUGAGAAGGAGAAGGAGAAGAACAAGGCCCAGAAAGAGACGAUUGCGAAACUGGAGGCCGAGCUGAGCCGGUGGCGUAAUGGAGAGAAUGUGCCCGAGACGGAGCGCCUGGCCGGGGAGGAGGCGGCCUUGGGAGCUGAGCUCUGUGAGGAGACACCCAUGAAUGACAACUCAUCCAUCGUGGUUCGCAUCGCGCCGGAAGAGAGGCAGAAGUACGAGGAGGAGAUCCGACGCCUCUACAAGCAGCUUGAUGACAAGGACGAUGAGAUCAACCAGCAGAGCCAACUCAUUGAGAAGCUGAAGCAGCAAAUGCUGGACCAGGAAGAGCUGCUGGUGUCCACUCGGGGAGAUAACGAGAAGGUCCAGCAGGAGCUGAGCCACUUGCAGUCCGAGAAUGAUGCCGCCAAGGACGAGGUGAAGGAGGUGCUGCAGGCGCUGGAGGAGCUGGCAGUGAACUAUGACCAGAAGUCCCAGGAGGUAGAGGAGAAGAGCCAGCAGAACCAGCUCCUGGUGGACGAGUUGUCCCAGAAGGUGGCCACCAUGCUGUCCCUGGAAUCCGAGUUGCAACGGCUCCAGGAGGUCAGUGGACACCAACGAAAACGGAUCGCUGAGGUUCUGAAUGGGCUGAUGAAGGAUCUAAGUGAAUUCAGUGUCAUCGUGGGCAACGGUGAGAUUAAGCUGCCCGUGGAGAUCAGCGGGGCUAUCGAGGAGGAGUUCACCGUGGCCCGACUCUACAUCAGCAAAAUCAAAUCGGAGGUCAAGUCCGUGGUCAAGCGGUGCCGGCAGCUGGAGAGCCUGCAGGUGGAGUGUCACCGCAAGAUGGAAGUGACGGGGCGGGAGCUGUCCUCCUGCCAGCUCCUCAUCUCACAGCACGAGGCCAAGAUACGCUCGCUUACGGAGUACAUGCAGAGUGUGGAGCUGAAGAAACGACAUCUGGAGGAGUCCUACGACUCCCUGAGCGAUGAGCUGGCCAAGCUGCAGGCCCAGGAAACCGUGCAUGAAGUGGCCCUAAAAGACAAGGAGCCAGACACGCAGGACGCAGAUGAAGUGAAGAAAGCUCUGGAGCUGCAGAUGGAGAGUCACCGGGAAGCCCAUCACCGGCAGCUGGCCCGCCUCCGGGAUGAGAUCAAUGAGAAACAAAAGACUAUUGAUGAGCUCAAAGACUUGAACCAGAAGCUGCAGUUAGAGCUGGAGAAACUCCAGGCCGACUAUGAGAAGCUGAAGACCGAAGAACAUGAGAAGAGUGCUAAGCUCCAGGAGCUGACAUUUCUGUAUGAGCGACACGAGCAGUCCAAGCAGGACCUCAAGGGUCUGGAGGAGACAGUUGCCCGGGAACUCCAGACCCUCCACAACCUUCGCAAGCUGUUCGUUCAAGACGUCACGACUCGAGUCAAGAAAAGUGCAGAAAUGGAACCCGAGGACAGUGGGGGGAUUCAUUCCCAAAAACAGAAGAUUUCCUUUCUUGAGAACAACCUGGAACAGCUUACAAAGGUUCACAAACAGCUGGUACGUGACAAUGCAGAUCUGCGUUGUGAGCUUCCUAAAUUGGAAAAACGACUUAGGGCUACGGCUGAGAGAGUUAAGGCCCUGGAGGGUGCACUGAAGGAGGCCAAGGAAGGAGCUAUGAAGGAUAAGCGCCGGUACCAGCAGGAGGUGGACCGCAUCAAGGAGGCCGUGCGGUAUAAGAGCUCAAGCAAGCGGGGCCAUUCGGCUCAAAUUGCCAAACCUGUGCGGCCCGGCCACUACCCUGCGUCCUCACCCACCAACCCCUACGGCACACGGAGCCCUGAGUGCAUCAGUUACACCAACAGCCUCUUCCAGAACUACCAGAAUUUAUACCUGCAGGCUGCUCCUAGCUCCACCUCAGAUGUGUACUUUGCUAACUCCUGUGCUGGCAGUGGAGCCACAUCUUCUGGCGGCGCCUUGGCUUCCUACCAAAAGGCCAACAUGGACAACGGAAAUGCCACAGAUAUCAACGACAAUAGGAGUGACCUACCAUGUGGUUAUGAGGCUGAGGACCAGGCCAAGCUUUUCCCUCUCCACCAAGAGACGGCAGCCAGCUAAUCGCUCGUCCAUGGCAACUCUGCUCUUCCAGUUUCUAAGAGGGACUGAGGCCUCUUCUCUCAGCAUGCUGCAAAACCCCGUGGUCUCUGAUACUAACUCCCUCCCGACCCAUGUCGUCGGAGCGUACUGUUUGAUGUCUUCUCUUACUUACUGUGUAUCUCUUUGUAUUCCAUACCUAUAUAUCAGAAGCUGCUAUGUCUCUCUUCUCUCUGUUCUACCCUCUAAGUACCUAAUGAUGUAUUUAACAGUUUCUAAGCAUAGUCUGCCCUCCUUAUUUGGGACACUAGGGAGGAGGGAACUGUUUCUUCUUUCAUAUAGUCGUCUCUCACACUGAGCACUGUCAGUCACUGAGUCAAGGUCACAAGAUGAUAAAUGAAAAGUGGGAGCUAGAGGGCUGUGGUCCUUCUUUUUCUCACACACGUGCACGUGCGCGCACGCACACACACAUACACACACAUGUACAUACAAAGCCUUAAGCAGAAGAAUGUCUUAGCAUCCUACGAAGUGGAGAAAUAGACCCCUCCUCCCUUCUCUUUCACAUAGGAUGCAGAGGGGGGCUCAGUGGGAGGGCAGCUCAAUCACCGAUUUUUUCAUGCACCCCUCACCUGAAUCAAGGGAUUCCAGGUGCUUACCUCCUACAAAGUCUGCCUUUCUCUUCCUUCUUUCUGUUUUUUCCCAAGUUUGGAGAACAUGGAUUUCUCAGGGGACCAGUUCCCUUUCUAGUCCAAGCUUCUUUUAAUACUCUCUAUCCUAGAUUUCAUAAACAAGAACUCAGAGUUGAUUAAGAAUAUUUUGAAAAGUUGAGAAGGCUGACCUCUCCCUGUAGUCUGUUCAUCUGUCUGUGCUGAUAGUUGCAGGCAAAUGUAGUCAGUCAGAAUGGCUGGUUCCCUGGGUCUGGAGAGUGAACAGGCCGGGAAAUCGCUGAGUGUGUGUCCAUUACAGUGUCCUCAGGUUGAAGCAACAAGCUGGAAAUCCCUUUCUCCCACAUUGGGCUACAUGUUCUUCCAUCUGAUUUGGUUCGGGACUUCCAGUUCAUUGGCAAAAUAGCUGUCCUUUGAGAUGCCUCUCUGCCAAGCUGGAGUCUGGCUUUCCCCCGAUUUAUCUUCUUCCCUCCCCAGAGCUCCUUCUGUAAUGCCUCCAUCUGGUAUCAAAUGCACUUUCAGGAAAGGUGCAGAGAGCCUGCCUAGCAUUUGCAAAGCCCCAGGUUCAAUCUCUGGUAUGACCCAAACAAAGUUCAGGUGUCGUGGCUCACUCCUGUAAUCAUGGCACUUGGGAAGCUGAAGCAGGAGGAUUUCCAUGAGUUGGAGGCUAGCCUGGGCUACAUAGUCAGUUCCAGAACAGCCUGAGCUAUGGUGUGAGACUCUGCCUCAAGCAAAACAAAACAAAGGGAAAAGGAAAAGAAAGGAAAGAAAAAAGGGACAAAUUUCUCCAAGGUAGCAGAGCCAAAGUACUUGAACUCAGUGGGUGCAGCCCAGGGCUGUCCUCUCCAGCCGUCGAUGGUUCUUCCUUCCCUCUCACUAAGGUGGUUUUCCAAAUAGCUGCAGGGAUGAGGCUCACUUCCCAUCCCAAACCAAGAAAUAAAGUCCAGUUUCCAGAUAUCCACUCCUGCCUAGAGUAGAAGACCAGGGUCCUCCAGCAGCAGGGCAGCCAAUCACUAGCUUCCUCUGGGUCUGGAAAGCUCGGGGUCAAUGGCAGCAGAUAAAUAAGGACUGGAGCAGCCUGUGACUCCCUCAAGGGAAACGGUCUUCCCCUAAAGAGAGGAAAAUGUCUGAGUGGUAGAAUAAAUCCAAAGUGGUGAUUUUCAAACACCUUUAAAAACAAACCUUUUAAAAAAUAGUCAUUUGAGAAAGAAACAGAGAGAGAAGGGAAGGGAGGGGAGAGAGAGUGAGUUUGGGCAUGCCAGGGCUUCCUGACACUGCAAAAAUAACUCCGAACAUACUUGCCACUUUACAAAGGUACUAGGAAGUCAAACCAGGGCCAUUAGGCUUUGCAAGCACCAUUAGCCACUGAGCUAUCUCUCCAACUCCAACCCUAAGACAAGUCUUUUUUUGUUUGUUUGUUUGUUUGAGGUAGGGUCUUGCUCUAGCCCAGGCUG